CUCCUUCUAGAUCUUUGGAAAAGAUCAGAAUGAUUUGAAGAGAUAUGAAGGACCAUGGGUCUCAUGAAAAGGCUCAUAGUUAGUUCCUUGUGGGUUGCAAUCCUGGCACCAAUUGCUUUGUCAUCAGAAAAUUUUGAACUAAGUUCUUCUCCAUCUGUCAUUGGUAUUGUGGGUCAAGAUGCACUCCUGCCAUGCCAGAUCUCUCUUGGGACUCAGCCGCAAGAUAUGACAGUUCAGUGGAAAAAAAUUGGUGAUGACCGCGUUGACAAUGUCUACCAGUUCACAGCCCUCACUGGCCAGGAGACAUUUGGGCAAAACUACCAGGCUAGAGCUGUGUUGGCAAAAGAAGGAAUAGCAACUGGAAAUGUGUCAUUGAAGUUAAAGAAGGUCCAAGUCACGGAUGAAGGCAUCUACAGUUGCGUUGUCAAGUCCAUUCACUGGAGUGCUGAUACCCGAACAAGUCUUCAUCUUGCAGCCCUGGGAAAUGUGACUAUUAAGGUUUUGGAGCCAGAAGACGAAGGGAUCAAACUGUCUUGCCAAGCCACAGGCUGGUUUCCCAAACCUGAACUGCGGUGGUUUCCAAGCAGUUAUCAAAAUCCUCAAUUGGAAUCAAAGCAGGAUCAUGAGCAGCUUUUCAGUGUUUCCAGCACCAUCACAGCUUACAGAGACACUGGAGAAAUUACCUGCUCGGCCCAUGAAAGAAGUCGUUUACAAGUGAAGAAGGAAUCCACUAUCCACUUAUCACGAAAUGUUUUCCCACAUACUUCUGCCUGGUUUCCAGCUUUCUGGAUCUUGUUUAUGCUCACUCUUCUCGGUACUGCAUUUGCAGUAUAUUGUUAUUAUAAAGGGAAGCGGAAAGAUUCUCAGAAGGAAAGCAAUGAAGAGCAAGAAAGACUUAUUCAAGAAAGUUGGAAGAAGAUGGUGGAAUCAGAAAACCAGGACCUGCUUAGAAGGCUUGAAAGAGCACAGACUGAACUAGAUUUCAGGAAGGCUCGAAGCUAUCUAGUUCCUAUCCAAAUUGAUCCAAAGUGUAAACUUCCUGAACUUGAAGUGUCUCAAGAUGACAACAUCAUCCACCCCAAACCCACAUCUCUAGAAGUGACUGCCAUUUCUGGGGGAGCCCUUAUUGUUGUGGGAACAGAAGGAAUCAGGGAUGGAAGGCAGUACUGGGAGGUGAGGGUAGGGGAUAGGCUCAACUGGGAACUAGGCGUCAUGACAGAGAACAUAAGGAACAAAUUGAAAGAAGGGAAACUUGAGGAACUCCAGAAAGAUCAAUACUGGUCUCUGAGUAGAUCAAAUGGGCAAUAUCACCCUAAGGAAGCAGAUUGUGAGAUCCAAAAAUAUACCUCAAAGCCUCAAGUUGUUGGAAUAUAUCUGGACAGGGAAGAGAAUAAUGUUAUGAUCUCAUUCUAUUAUGUUAAAGGAAUGAACCCCAUCCUGAAGAUUCCUGUAGUUUCCUCUGAGGAGUUGUAUCCCUUCUUCAAUCCUGGCUUCUCAGAUGAGAAGGACAAUGGGAAGCCCCUCAUCAUCUGUCAAAACAGAGACUGGGAUUUCCCUCUAGACUUAGAUAACAACUCAAAUGACCCCAAAUUAAAACAAGACACAUUGCCUCCAAGGAAAGCUAGCAAAAGGCCUGUCAGCAUAAGCUGAGAAUAUUCACAAUUGAUGCAAUUUCCAAAACUGUCACAUCAGGCGUGGAGCUGGUCUUUACUGAGAAUGUGUGUAUUGGACAUUCAUAUUCCAUAUAUAAAUGUCUUCAGUAUGAAUAGUAACCAUGGUGAGGGUGGGUGAACGGGCUAACCUUUUCUUCUCAAGCCUUUAACCAAAUAAAAAUCUGUCAUUGUCCCCCACAAGCUGUUAUUUGUCACAGGAAGUGACUUCCAUUAACACCAAUGGCUGCUAUUUAAGGGGGUGUGCGUGAGAAAACAGAAAUGGAAGAGCAAAAGUACACAUGUAAUAGUAGUUUGUCCCCUGAAAUACUUUAUUCUCUGUAUAAUUUGUAUUUUUCCAUAUUUUGUCAUAAUUUCAUAAAUAAAUUCUGAUUAAAAAACUGUCCUGCCUCUUAUA